GAGUCUUUAUGGUGCUAGUUCCUGUUUCUAGCAGCUACUGCCCAGUGCGCUCAAUCAGAAACUGGAAGUAUUGUUUUUAACCCUUUGGGUGUUUGUUAAAGGAGAGCGGAAGCACUCGCUGUAGUUUUGAAUUACCGAAAAGUAGUGCAUGCUAUAGAGUUCUAGGAAAUGUUUGGCUAGAGCGGUAACAGAGUUGUCCUCUUUCUUCGCGAGGAAGGGGAAAGGUUGGAGGUCAGCUAGUGCGAGAAGAUGGUGGCUCACGAACAGCUCCGCGUGGUUCGCUGUGGUGGCAGCUGGUUGAGUGGGAGUCGCGCGGUCUUUUCAGCUGAUUCCAAGUACCUUUUGUGUGCUUCUGGUGACUAUGUAAAAGUCUACAGUACAUCUACAGAAGAAUGUCUGCAUGUCCUGCAGGGUCACAGCAACGUAGUGACAGGAAUCCAGUUGAAUCCCCAAAACCAUCUACAGCUCUAUUCAUGGUCUCUAGAUGGCACUAUUAAACUCUGGGAUUUUAUGGAUGGAAUUCUCAUCAAGACGUUUAUUGUUGGGUUCAAGCUCUUUGCAUUCUAUGCGCUUGCAGAGUCUGAAGGUUCAGUAUUUGUUAUCAUACCAAAGGAUAAUGAUGAAAGAUCAGGUAAUUUUCAACUGGUUUCACUGAAACUUCUAAAAAUACCAGGUCAGGAAGUAGAAGCCAGUGAGCUGCAACUGAUUUUGGAUGGUGUAAGCCAAUCACCCAAAUGUACAGCGUUUGGAAGAGAAGGUGAAUAUGUGGUAUCCGUUUCCAACUUUCACCUCCUUGUUUGUUUUUUCAGGAAGAAAAAGGUUUACAGCUUUUCUGUAGGUUCAAAACUGAAACAUAACACAGAUAGGUGCUUCACCUGUGUAGCCUGCCACCCAAAGGAAGACUGCAUAGCAAGCGGACACCAAGAUGGCAGAAUUCGUCUGUGGAGGAAUUUUCAUCAUAAGAGCAAAUACACAUUCUCCAUAAUGCACUGGCACCACGAAGAAGUUAUGGAUCUUGCUUUCACUGUAGAAGGAACUAGCCUCCUGAGUGGUGGGAUUGAGUCUGUCCUAGUCCAGUGGCAAGAUGGGUCAGACGCGAAGAAGGAAUUCUUGCCUCGCUUGGGAUCUACGAUACAGCACAUCUCUGUCUCGCCUGAUGGAGCUUUUCUUUGUACCUCUCAUGCAGAUAACAAAAUAAUCAUCAUACACAGCAACUUGAGGGUCUCCACAGUAAUUCAAGGAUUAAUCAGAGGCAGUGACGUCAAGACUGGCUUAAUGGUUGACCCACGAACUAAAGCUUUGGUUCUGAACGGCAAGCCUGGUCACCUGCAGUUCUAUUUGCUGCAAAAUGACAAGCAGCUGUACAAUUUGGAUAUUGUGCAGCAGGAGUAUAUUCAUCAAUAUGGUCUAAAUCAGAUUGAGUUAGUGAAGGCUGCAUUUGAUUCCCAAGGCAACUGGCUGGCUACUGUGGAACAGCGACAAGGAAGGUGCAGUGACCUUGAAUUGCACAUGAAACUGUGGGCUUACAGUGAGCAAACCCAAAGCUUUACUCUGAACACAAGAAUAAGCAUGCCACACGAGGAUUGUGUCACAGCUAUGUGUUUCCGUGACACAGAUGCGUCUGAAAGCAUAACCCCAACAUUGGUAACAGCUGGCAAUGAUGGACACUUUAAAGUCUGGAUGCUACGGGUUGAUAAUGAUGGCGAACAACAAGACAUAACCUGGGCCUGUGAUUUUGUAGGAAGCUAUCACAACUAUCGAGCUACAAAUUGUUGCUUCUCUGAAGAUGGUUCUUUGCUUGCAGUCAGCUUUGAGAAAAUAGUCACUCUGUGGGACUCAGAAACGUGGGAUCUGAAGUGUACUUUUUGCCAUCUUCCUGGAACUAUAGUCAACCUGUGUUUUGGGAGACAAAGUUGUUCAAAGUACCUUCUUGGCACCACCAGUACCGGGUUUUUGUGCUGCUGGAACUUGCUGAGCUGUACACUGGAAUGGAGCGCUCAGUUAAAUGUCAUCGUUCUGCAACCAGAUUGUCUGUCUGAAAACAUUGCCGCAGUUUCAUGGCACUCAGAAUACUCAGAUGUGUUCAUGUUUAAACCCAGUGAGCCACGCCCUUCGUGUAUCCAGAGAAAGGUCUGCAGAGGCAGGGUGCAGUGGGCUGUCUUUGUUCCAAGAGAUGUACCUGAGUGUAUUCACUCAGAAAAAUAUCAGUGGCUCAGCCUGUCUCAGUUUUACUUCCUGACUGAAACACAUGAAUUGAUGACAUUUAGCACAAAGAGCCCAGAAGAGAGACUCACACCUUCCAGCAGACAGUUGGCAAUUGAAGAGAAUUUCCCCAUGACUCCUUUUCACCUGCUACUGGGGAAGCACCGGCAACAGACAAAAGAGACUACAGAAACUGGGAAACUACCUGUGCAGAACAACUUGGCCCAAGAGUCACCUGCUGUCAAAGAACUUCUUCAUACUCCAGCACAUGUCUUGCCGUCUGCCUCUUUCCUGUGUCCUAUUUUUAUUAAUUCAUUGCUGGUAUCCAAAGCAAAUAAAAGUGCCGGUGAAGUGACUGAUGAAGUUGAAAUGGAAAGCAACAACAGUGACAGUGAAUCAGAGGAGGAUGCAGAAGUUGAUGAAGUGCCCCCAGAGACACCCCAGGCAACAGAGUGUUCGGAGGACAUUCCAUGUAAAUUAUCAAAAACUCAAGAAAAAGAACUGCGCAGAUUAAGAAAAUUGGACUACAGCUGGGCAUCAGGUCUCUAGACACAUAGUAUUGGGGACUGCAUAUAUUUAUAUUUGUUACUGAUAAUUCUGUAAGAUGUGAUGCUGCCAAAUAAAAGACUGAGUAUUC